UGUAGCACUCUAAUUUUAUAGUCUAACUUAAUAUUCUUUUCGUACAUUAGGAAAUAUAUUUAUUUCGGAAUUCUUGGAAAUAUUACAAGGAGUGAUGUGUUUUGAUUCGGUUGUUUCUGUUGUAAUCUUCUGUUUACCGGACAUCAGAAAGCCGUCGCAUCAUUACCGAGUCAACACCGACGCCUAUCUCUCUCUCUCUCUCCGGAAAAACCCUAAUUCGCAUGAAUACUCUAAUUUAUUGUUCAAGAAUCCCCUUUGAUCUAUUACAUUUCAUUUGACGUAUUAAUUUUUUACCUCUAAAUCGGCAUGUCAUCAGAGAUCGAGGUCGAAGAAAAUACAGAUCCUACUGCUGCCGGAAAUGGCAACGGAGCGGCCGAGGGAGGAGUGGGAGUGCCAGAGGAAAGCUUGAAGAAUGACAUUUACACUGCUGCAGCGUAUGGUGAUUUGGAGAAGCUUCGAAAUUUGGUCGAGACAGAAGGUUGCUCCAUUAACAAGCCUGAUGAUCAGGGAUAUCGCGCUUUGCAGUGGGCCGCCCUUAACAAUCGUGUCGCCGCUGCUCAAUACAUCGUCGAGCAUGGUGCAGAUGUGAAUGCAGUGGAUGUCAGUGGUCAAACAGCAUUGCAUUGGAGUGCUGUUAGGGGAGCCAUUCAGAUUGCAGAUCUUUUGCUUGAAGAAGGUGCUCGUGUUAAUGCAGCUGAUGUAUUUGGAUAUCAGGCCACUCAUGUUGCUGCACAGUAUGGUCAAACAGCUUAUCUGUAUCACAUGGUCACAAAAUGGAAUGCAGAUCCAGAUAUUCCUGAUAAAGAAGGAAGAAGCCCUUUACAUUGGGCUGCAUAUAAAGGUUUUGCAGAUAGUAUACGUCUUCUUCUCUUUCUGGAUGCAUAUAGAGGGCGUCCAGACAAAGAAGGUUGUACACCUCUACAUUGGGCUGCAAUCAGGGGACACUUAGAAGCAUGCACAGUAUUAGUGCAAGCAGGAAAGAAAGAUGAUUUAAUGGUGACUGAUAAUACUGGACUUACACCUGCACAACUUGCUUCUGAUAAAAAUCAUAUACAAGUUGCAUUUUUCCUUGGUAAUGCUAGGAAGUUGCUUGAAAAACGUUACGAGGGUACAUUUGGAAAACUAACAAAACUAGGGCUAGCACCAGCACUUCUGUGUGUAAUAUUUGUGCUACUUUUGACCUAUAUCAAUUCAGUCAUCAUGGCUUCAAAUUUACCAAAAUUAACAGCUGGUUCUGCAUUUUUUGCAUGGAUUGGUGUCAUAUUAGCAAGUGCAGGAUUAAUUCUUUUCUAUCGCUGUAGCUGCAAAGAUCCAGGUUACAUUAAAGCCAACAGGAAUGAAUCCAAAGAUACAAGAGAUGAUGAGCCUUUACUUAAGCUUGAGGUGCGGGACCCGGCUUUGCUAGCUGGCAAUUGGAAUCAACUCUGUGCGACUUGUAAGAUUGUUCGACCUCUUCGAGCAAAGCAUUGUUCAACAUGUGAGCGAUGUGUGGAACAAUUUGACCAUCACUGCCCUUGGGUAUCCAAUUGCGUCGGAAAGAAAAACAAAUGGGAUUUUUUGGUUUUUCUUGUUCUCGAAGUUUUUGCCAUGUUGAUAACCGGCACAGUUGCACUUACAAGAAUUGUGAAGGAUCCAUUGGCUCCAUCUUCUUUUGGGGGGUGGUUGCAACAUGUUGCUUUAACUUGUAUGCAAAUUUCUCAGGUGGGUCGAAAUAUCACAACAAACGAAAUGGCAAACAUGAUGCGAUACAACUACUUAAGAGGAAACGGAGGUCGAUUCAGAAACCCAUACGAUCACGGCUGCAAGAAAAACUGCUCCGAUUUCUUAAUAAACGGUUACAACGAAGACAUCGAGGUCGCAGAAGAACCCUCCUCCUCCGCCGCCGCCGAUCAAUUCGACGGCAUCAACAUGAUGCCGAUGACUGCUUCGAGUCUAGCCCUAAACUUACAAAACGGAGGCCCUAUUGCUUCCGCCGCGGCGGCGGCUGCUGCCGCCGGUAGUGGUGGUGGUGGUUAUUCUCAUCAAACGAACGGAAACGGCCACCAUGUUCAUUCUCCCGGUUGUAGCCAUGGUAAGCCGAAAACGGAGUCGGUGCCUUUAGGGUUAGGGUUAGGGUUAGGUCGAGGUUCGCGAUCUAGGGUGGCGUUAUGAUUAUAUAUGCUCUUUUUCCUCUAUAAUGGUCUUCAAUUAAGAUAUGUUGUACCACAUGCUUGUUUAUAUGGUACACAGAUCAGGGGUAAAAUGGUAAAUCAUUUUUUCUAGAGUUGAGUGGAAGUUAUACAUUGAAAUAUUUUGUAUACAUCGAUUUUUUAAUCAAGCAACAAUAGAAGUUUUUAGUGGAUAUGACUUUUCCUAAGCAAGAAAAAGGAAUAUAUUUUUGUUUAAGGUUAACUAAUUAUUAG